GCGGCCCCUGGCCCCGCCUCCCGGUCCCUUGCCCCGCCCCUCUCGGCUCACCGCCCUGCCUCCUGUCGGAGCCCGCCUUGCCCCACCCGCGCCCCGCCCCCAGGCGCCCUCUAGCGGAGGCGGCGAUGGCGAUAUCAGUUUCUUUUUCCAGGGCUGCCAGGUCUGGAGCUGUCUCAGGACCGGCCAGGGAGCUCUCUCAUGUGGACUGGGCGGAGGAAGAGCUCCGGUCCAGUGGAGUCCCUGGUGAGGUCGGAGCAUCCGUCCUGUCCUCCCUCCCCAGGUCACCUCGCAAAAACUGGGGACAGUGUGGCCAGAUCGAGGGUGGAGUCUGCAGGAUUCUGAAAUUGCAGCCCCUGGCAUGGCGCCCUAACAGAGUCUCUGCUCCUUCCCUGCACUUCUCCUUCCUGCUGCCUUGUGAAGAAGGUAGCUGCUUCUCUGUGGCCUUCUGCCAUGAUUCAGUCUCCACUGCCAUAGACCCCUUCUGGGACAUCAGCUUGGAUCUGCCCAGCUGUUCCACCCCAUUCUGGCCCCUGAGACCAGGGAGCAAAGGCAGCAUGGUGAACAAGGAAAGCAAUGUGUCUGGGAACCACCACAAUCACGGACUGCCUCGAAGCAAAGAGAGCAGGAUGAAUGGACAGUCCCAGCAGCCCAUGGACAGUCUCAAUAACAACAAGUAUUCCUUAUUUGCUGUCAUUAACUAUCAAGGGACCUUGGAGAGUGGUCACCACACCAGCUUUAUCCCACAGCACAAAGAUCAGUGGUUCAAGUGUGACGAUGCCAUUAUCACCAAGGCCAGCAUCAAGGAUGUGCUGGACAGUGAAGGAAAACUGGAUAUCUUUGUGGUCCCUGAAUGAUCCCAGGAGACUGAUCCUAUAAAGACGUCCGGUCCCUGACCCCAUCUGCCUCCAGGUGCCCAGAACAGCCUAUUGUGGGCCUUCACUCUUGGCAGGUGGACGCCGUUGUUUCAGCUAAGGUUGAGAACUACCAACCUGGAUAAUUUGAGCAAAAUAUUGAGGACCAAAUAAAUAU